AUGCUCAAAAACGAAGACUUUCUCAAUUACGCGGAUCCGCUGCAGGUUGACUACGAUAUUGAGACUCUUGAUGAAUUGGAAAAUCCAGCUUAUGAGUUGGUCGAACUGAACAUUGAGCCUGAGAUCAAACCAUCAACUUCCAAAUCCAUUGCAUCGUCGAAAAAGGCUAGAGGUAAUCAAAGCUUCUACGCCGAAAACAAGGAUAUGCCAGCAGGAUUGAGCGGAAAGAAAUUCAGAUUCCGAGCAGCGGUUUGCUUGAAGAAGUUUAAAAAUCAAAAGUCGUACGAAAACUGCGGGACGAUCAACGUUGAUGGUGAUACAGUCGAAGAAGUCCUAAUGAAGAUUUGGGAGUUCGGUUCCAAAUUCACUUAUCGUGCCGUUGCUUUCUCAGAACCAUCAGAUUCACGAGUUGACGCUACGUGGUCCGAAUGUUUACCAAGUUACGACGAACGCGAUACAUUUAUUAUGUUUCAAGACAAAUCCAGUAAGAAAAACAUUGUUCCCUCGAAAGUGGACAGCAAUACCUUGGUCAGUUGGCUGGCAAGGGAAAUGUUUGUAAUCGUCUAUAAGUACUCGGAUUCGGUUACAAGUCUCGAGAGAUGGCGUCAAGUUGAGAGCCAGCUUAUUCGUCCUUUGGAGACGGACCGUUCUGGUGCGGAAUCUGUUGCUUCCAUAAAUCAGCUGAAAGAGGAGCUCAAAUACACACAUGUAAAGUAUCUUUCAGGUGACGACGUCAACUGGGGGUGCUUAGCAAGCUGGAUAUCGAGUAAACCAUAUGACCAACGGGAUAAUCUGAAACAUCAAACGCCUCCAGAGCACCUCAUCAACCUUUUAAGUAGUGUUCCUGUGCAUAGUGACACAAUAUUGGAGAAAGCAAGGCUCGAUUUGCAGGUAGCUAACACGGUUAACUGUUCGUAUCGGAACAUACUUCAGGAGCUGAAGAAUGACUAUCAACAAGUAAAGAAUAUACCGAGGAAUAUACUUAAUGUUAUGGGAGAAAGGAUUUUGAUGAUGGAGACCAAACAGAAGGAAUACGACGACAUGCUAACAGCCAUGAAUAGUUCAGUCAGUGUGAGAGAAAAUAAGUUCUCAGUUGAACUUGCCCAUAGUGUCACCAAUUGCUUUGAUGUGGACCACGCUUUGGAUUAA